UUAUGUUUUUCAUGAACAUAACAGUACAUAUAAAAAAACAACCAAACAGAACAUAUAGAGAGAAGUAGACAGAAAACACGAUGUGAGAACUAGGGUUUUCGAUGGGCGACGAGGUGGUUCGUUUUUCUGGUUUGUUACAGGAGCACAGAAAACACGAUGUGAUGGGGAACGAGGAGGUUGGUCCUUCUGGUUCGUUGCAGGAGCACAUAAAAGAGGGAGAAGAAGCCAUAAAUGAUCGUGGCCUUGUACUUGUGAGGUACAUUAAUCAUGGUCUUGUGAGGUACAUUAAACACAAUGUGCAGGACAAAGUAUUUGAGCUUCCAGAAAAGUACAUCCCUCCCUUCACAGUCAUAGGAAAAGGGGCUUAUGGCAUGGUCUGUUCUGCCAUGGAUUCAGAAAGACAGAUAAGAGUUGCCAUCAAGAAGAUUGAGAAUGCAUUUCAAAACGGACUUCGUGCCAAGCUCACAUAUCGGGAAGUUAAGCUCAACGCCCAUCUUAGUGGCCAUGAAAAUAUUAUCGGGAUCAGAGAUAUCAUACGGUCGCCGCAGAGGGAGAAAUUCAACGACGUGUACAUUGUAUCCGAGCUCAUGGAAACUGAUCUUCAUCAGGUCCUCAGCUUACACGAGCCUCUCACUGAAUGGCAUCAAGUGUAUAUCUUGUAUCAAUUGUUGCGAGGAUUGAAGUACAUUCACUCGGCCAAUGUCUUGCACCGUGAUUUGAAGCCUUCAAAUUUGCUCGUGAGUUCUGACUGUACCCUUAAGAUAUGCGACUUUGGACUUGCGCGGAUUAAUUCUCCAAGAGCCCUUAUGAAUACAGAAGUGGUGACAUUUUGGUAUCGAGCACCAGAAUUACUCCUUGGUUACCCGAGAUAUACUUAUUCAGUUGACAUUUGGUCUGUUGGCUGUAUAUUCAUGGAAUUGGUAACUGGAAAACAUUUGUUUCCAGGUGCCAAUAGUACCGACCAACUCCAGCUUAUUUGUAAGCUACUUGGAUCACCUGAUGAAUCAAGCCUCUGGUUCUUACAAACUGAUGAAGCACGCCGAAGAUAUGUUCGACAAAUCCUACAUUUCCCCAAGCAUCAAUUAUCGCAGAGAUUUCCAGCUAUACCUCCGAUUGCCAUUGACUUGGUUGAGAAAAUGCUGGUCUUUGAUCCAAAUAAGCGCAUCACAUGUGAUGAGGCAUUGGCCCACCCAUACUUGGAAAAGCUACAUGACAUCAGCGAUGAACCAACAUGCACCUCACCUUUGAGUGCUGAUUUUGGCGAUUUACCAUUAACGAUAGAAGAUUUUAAGGAGCUUGUUUGGGAGGAAUCCUUGAAAUUUUCCCCAGAUCUGAAGCCAUAGCAAGUAGUGUUAGUUCAUUAUCAGCUUUGGCCUAUAAAGGGCAUCACUGGGUUGCUUAACCAGUGGAAUAACACAGAAGUGAUUGGUGCAGCAGUGUGGCAUGACCAUUGAUUCUUUGAUUCUUUUUCACAAUUGCAUUUAUUACUCAUAUGAGUAGUUUAAGACCUUCCUUUUAUCAAUUCAUUUGUGGCGCAAUACAUGGCCUGUCAAUUGGUUCUUUGUAUGAUGUGGGACAGGAGUAGUUACUUUGCUUGUUGUAUACUGGGUAGCAUGAGCAGGUUUUGGUCCGUCUCAUAUGAAGGGUGAUGGGUAGCACAACUUCAGUUAUGAAAUGGAAGAUGUAAGCCUUGUAAUUUUCUUUUGCUUAUUCAGAUAAGUUCUUGAAGUUGUGUACGGUAAAGUGUGACUUGCCUUUUUCAGUUUCGGAUAUGAAGAGGUAAUGCUUUUGAGAACAA